AGGCGUAACAGACAUAGACAUUUAUCACACCUGCCUAAAGGUUACUGAUCAUAUACAUGGGUUACGCUACGCAUAGGGUAGUUUAGAGACUUGUUAGAAUAGUUUUAAUAUCUAACCGUGCUAUGUCCGUUCCUGCGUAAUUGUUGAUUAUUAACCGAGUGAAAGUUGUAGAGGCAGCAGAACAUGACUUUUACCGCAAUUCUCGUUGCAAUUUUAAGCGUGGUCAUUGUCGUUCUAUUUUUAAGCUCUCGGGAAAAGGUGCAAACUUCAAAAGAAGAAGCAAAACCUUCCUCUAAGUCUAAACCAUGGGUGGAUGAGGAUUUAAAAGACGACACAGAAAUCACAUCCAAAGAUGAAGACGGCGAUGAUUGGGUGGACAGUGGGGAGGACCUUCCCCACGUGCCCUAUCCUGUGGUGCGAUACCCUGUUGACAUAAUGGCUGAGAGAUCCAAGGACCUCUACUGUCUGCUGAACCAGAGGCGCUCUGUCCGUUUCAUCAGCCCUGAGCCUGUACCUCGAGAGGUCAUCGACAACAUCAUCCUCACUGCUGGCACGGCCCCUAGUGGAGCCCACACGGAACCCUGGACCUAUGUGGUGGUGGGCGACCCCGAGACCAAGCACCAGAUCAGGCUCAUCGUGGAGGAGGAGGAAGAGGUCAACUAUCGCCAGAGGAUGGGGCACAAGUGGGUCAGUGACCUGCAGAGGCUGAGGACUAACUGGGUAAAGGAGUAUCUGGAUACAGCUCCAUACCUUAUCCUCAUCUUCAAGCAGAUCUAUGGCAUUCUACCCAAUGCUAAGAAGACCCACUACUACAAUGAGAUCAGUGUCUCCAUAUCCUGUGGACUGCUAUUGGCUGCACUUCAGAAUGUAGGUCUGGUGACGGUGACGUCCACACCCCUCAAUUGUGGCCCCCAGCUUAGACAUCUCCUCCAACGGCCAGCCAAUGAGAAGCUGCUGAUGCUACUUCCUGUCGGUUACCCUGCCACCGAUGCUACCGUGCCUGACCUCAAACGCAAGCCUCUGGAUGACAUAAUGGUGUACAUAUGAUGUCAUCACUGAAAGCCAACAAGAUAAAGCCAUUUUAUAAUAGUAAGGAUGAUACAAAUACUAUUAAUUUGUUAGGUACCUUUUAAAUACCAAUACUAUGUAAACUUAGGAUAGAGAUAAACUAUACCCUGACAUUGAUUAACUUCAAUAAACCCUUC